AUGAGUGUUGCUGUGGAAAAAAGUGUCGUUUACCGAAGGAAUGAUCCUGGAACGACAAAAGAAGAAUGGUGUAAUUGGCCAGAAAUGACGUUUGAUGAGAUGGAUAGCACUUUAAAUGUGCAGCAAUACAUCCAGCAAUGUAUCCAUAAAGAUCCAUCAAAUGUGGAAGCUAUCCUAAAAGCUCCUCCAGGUCAAGAAGAAGGAGUUUGGAAGUAUGAGCAUGUCAGACAGUUUUGCAUGCAGUUGAAUGGCUUGACAUUAUUGUUGCAGGAUGAAUGUCAACCAGAUGUUUGUGUACAGAUGACUGCCACGGAGCAGUGGAUAUUCCUCUGUGCUGCUCAUAAAAAUCCAAAAGAGUGCUCAGCGAUCGAUUAUACUCGCCAUACUCUAGAUGGGGCAGCAGCACUGUUGAAUAGUAAUAAAUACUUUCCAAGUCGAAUUUCUAUCAAGGAAUCAUCAAUAGCUAAGAUUGGAUCAGUUUGUCGACGAGUUUAUCGCAUCUUUUCUCAUGCAUACUUCCAUCAUCCACAACUCUUCGAAAAAUUUGAAGCAGAAACUCAUCUUUGUCGACGAUUUACAGUGUUUGUGAUAAAAUAUAAUUUAAUGGCAAAUGAACAUCUAAUAGUGCCAAUAUUAGAGCAAGAAAUUUCUUAG